AUGGAUACUUCAAGUCCUUCAGCGUUUGUGAACGGAGCUCUCUUGGGGCGAUUGGCUGGCCGGAAAGUCAGAACCGUGGUUCAAGUGAUCGGUUCCGAAAUCGGAUCUGUGGUCGGAAAAACUACUGAUGAUGUUCAGAUCUUUGUCAGGGGAUCGUCUCCCGCUCCUCUUACUACUUACGUCGAGGUCAUUGGAAUUGCAGAGAGUGAUAACUCCAUUCGAGCUGAGACGUGGACCAAUUUUGGGAACACCUUUGAUCCACAGAACUUCAACGAGCUUUGUAAGCUAGCAAAUGGAGAAUUCAAGCAUUUGUUCAUGUAA